CGCAGCUUCGGCGACUCCUCCUCCGGAGGGCCGGGCCAGGCCGCGUAUAAGAAAGCUGAGCGGCGGCGGGGCGGGGAAGGACGGGACACUUGGUUACCGCGCCGCCGCCGCCGCCACCGGACCAGCCUUUGCUCUUGCGCCUUCCUUCGCGGACCCCACGACGCCAUGAAGCCCAGUCGCCCCGCCGGCCUGUGCGCCCCCGCUCUCCUGCUGCUCUUGCUGCUGGGCGCUGCCGCCGCCGAGUCGGUGAGAGAAACCGAGACUAUGGACCCACAGCUAUAUGAAUUUCCAUCUGGAGAUUUGCCAGAUGAUGAGGACUCAAGGCCUGACUUUGUAAUUGAUGAAGAUGGCUAUGACUACUCAGGUUCAGGAGAUGAAGAAGAUGAUACGGAGGAUGCCUUACUUCCAGCCUCCGAAAGACCUAUGGAGCCCAUGGACAACUUUAUCCCUUAUUCCAAAGGAGAGACAAAGGAUAGUGAGCCUGCUGUGAUAGAAAUAGAAAACGAUUCUGUUCUCAGGAAACCUGCGCCCUCUGAAGAAGGCGAUGAGCCAUCCAACAAGAUCUCGAUGGCCAGCACAGCCAAUGGCAGCAUCUUUGAGAGGACAGAAGUUCUGGCAGCUCUUAUUGCAGGUGGGGCAGUCGGGUUGCUGCUGUUUGCUGUCUUCCCAAUCCUCCUCCUGAUCUAUCGCAUGAAGAAAAAGGACGAGGGCAGUUACGACCUGGGCAAGAAGCCGAUCUACAAGAAAGCACCCACAAACGAAUUCUACGCCUAAGGCUUGCCAACGCCACAAACCCAUUUGGGAGUCAGAAACGGACUUUGUAAAAAAAAAAAAAAAGCAUUUGGACCGUGGACAAGAAGCUCUGGGACAAAUGCUCUCUUGGAUCUAACCGUCAAAGUGAUUUUUUUAUAUAUAUAUAUAAAAACUUUGUGACCCUUCCCAUCCCACUAGCCAACAAGGACGCAAAGUAAAAAAAAAGGCAGCGUCCUAGGGAGAAAAAACCCCUUGUGGGGUGUGCGAGUGUGCAUGUGUCCUGAAAAGCAAAGCAAAUUUUGCCAAAUGCUCUGUUUUGGUUGGGUGAAGGGGUUUCGUAUGUGAAACUGUUUGCAUUUGGUCGCAGUGCUCCAAAUUGCCUUGUCUGCAGAAAAGGUGUAAGUUCAUUUCUACGUGUAAGAAGGUUGUCCUGUAGCGGGGCCAGCUCUACAAGGCUUUUUCGUGUUUUGUAAAGAACUUAUUUAUGAAAUCUCCUGCGCUACAGUGCACGUUAGCCUUGGGAGAGAGCAAAUCUGCUCUCUGCAGACUUGAGUAUCUCAGUACUAUUUUGGACGCGGCUGUGUGAAGAGAUGAUGUCUUCCUUGGUGGAGAGAGGGCUGAGUAGCCUAUAAAAGCAGAACAGUCUGUGUGUGUGUGUGUGUGUGUGUGUGUGUGUGUGUGUGUGUGUCAGGGGGAUGUCUCCCACUUUUUAAAUGGAGCUGAGUUAAAGAAAUACCUUUUUUAUUUUUAGAAGAGGGUUUCCUUAAAUACAAGACGCUAAGAAAAAUUCCCUGCCUAUACAAGUUUGUAGAAAGUAUUCCGGAAUUUUAAAAAGUAUAUAUAUUUUGUAAUUUUCAUGAGUUCUUUUUUUUAAAAGUCCCUUUUCCCCCCUUUGCUGGACAUCUCUCCAGAUGAAUGGCAUUUUAUAUCGCUCAUUGCCAGAACUGAUGCAGCAGCUACAGUAUGUUAAAGCUCUCUAAGCUCAUAUCAUAGGCUAUUCUAGGCAGUUGAGAAGAGAAUAUUUAUAUAUAAUUAUAAAUAUAUUUUCUGGAGUAAAAGCAAAUAAGUUUCUGGGUUGUUGUUUUUAUAUAGAGCUAUUUAUAGUUUCUAAGAUGGCUGCUCUGUUUUUGGUAACUCUUCUUUUUAUACGUAAAACACUAAUAUAAUGAAACUCCUAAUGAUUGUGAAAACUAUUUAAGCUUGAUUCUGUGUACUAUAUCCGAAGGCAAUAAGUUCUGCUAGAAUUAAUGUCUGUAUGCAAAAAUCAGAUUUCUUUGAACAUGACUAAAAUAUAAUUGGAGGUUUGUGUUUUUAGCCUUGUAAUAUAUUAUCAGUGCUGUGGAGCUCUAGAAUAUAUAUAUUCCAGUAAAAUGCACACUUGAGGUUUUGUACAGCCUUCCUGCAAGGGGUGCUGGGUUGCUCUCUUCCUUGCAGAGUUCCCCUAAAUGUCUUCCUCUUCUCGAUGGAGUCAUUACUUCACAUAUGGUGUUGCUAAUCAAUGGCAGCUGAACAAUUCAGCUGUGUGGGUUGGAGUCUAGCUUUUACACCCAGCUUCACUGCACAGGCAGCAUGGAAUUUCACUGCUGGGGGUGUGGGCAUGAUUCGGCCACAUGCUGCUGUUUGCUUAUCCCGUUUUAAUGCCACGGGGUGACAGAAGACAGACUUCAGAAGCUGUUUGGUACGGAGAGUGGUGUCUCUGUGCAAAGUUGCUAUUCCCCCUUAAGGCAAGUGCCAAGAGGCUCCAAAUACAUAUUUGUUUUUUCUUUUGGGCUCUUAAUUGAGACUAUUGGCUUUCAGAAUGGCACAUUGCUGUUCCCCUUCUAAAGAAGAGCAUCUUCAGGGCCAUGCUUUUUCUCCAGCUGCUGGUUCUACCUGACUGUAAAUGCUGGUACCUGUUAGGGAGAAUCUUGAUCCACUGAUGGUUAUGUCAGAAUGGUACAAAAGUUUCGAACAACAUGUCUGUGCUGUGCAAAGAUUAAAGUGGGGAUGGGGAAGUGGUUUCUUCUCUUUUCUUUUUCAUUUUGGACUAAGGACCACCUUUCCAGCUGGGCAAACCUCUAGGGACCACCACAUGCUAGUAUUGAGCAGGAGCAAAAGUGGGUAGAGCAGUGAAUGUAAAUGUUGUCUUUGCUGAUUUCUCUCUGCUCCAUCCAGGCAACCAAAGGCACUCUCAGAAUUGAAGGACACCUUCUAGCCAGGCAGAAAGGGGAUAUGAAGAGGUGUGUUGCCUGGGGAGAGUCUUGAGAGGCAGGUAGUGUCCUAGAGGUUUGCGUUUGGCAUCCUGGCUUGAGAUUCCUCACCCCUCAUUUGGAGGAAAGUGCAACUGGUGCAGCGGAGCCUGGCUUAGAUCCGAGUUCUUUGGGUUGGGCAUGUAGAUAGUGGUAUUGCAAGGACCUUUAAGCUGCAUUGCAUGGACUACGGCUGCUGUUCAGUGACUUGCAGCGUAUCUGGUGUAAGCUGGGUUUCCUAGGAAGUGAGUCUCUUCGGAAGUUGCUUUUCAGGGCCCCACUUGAUUCCAAUGUGAUCAGAUUGCAUCUGCACAGUCUUGUCGCCUCUGAGAGCAAAGGGAGGUCUCCGUGCAGUGUGUGUGUGUGGGGUGGGUGGGUUGUGUAAUUUGCAGGAAAUCGGGUACUGUGCAGCACAAGGCUAUCUCCUAACCACACAGAUCCUGGCAUAAUCUUGAACUACCUGCAUUCUUUGAGCUGUAGCUUUUAAAAACGUGACAUAGUCUUAACACUUAACUUUGUGGUCCUUGCGUGAACAGAAGGGGGCUGUGCAAGGUUCUCUAAUAAGACGUUACCAGAACAAUGUACGGCUUGCUGUUCCCUUAAAAACAAAAACAAAACACUUUUGGCAGUGAAUUCAUGCGAUGAUUUUUUUAUCAUGUGUAUGUUAGACUGCUCUGAUGAACAUAUGGGUAAAGUUUUAAGUCUGUGCAAUGGAUUUUGCUUUGGCACAAGCACAAGUCUUUUCAAACUUGGCUUCUGGAAUUGUUUAGUUUGGGGUAGGGGGCUGAGUAGGGAGGAUUAUAUACUUAACACAUUUUUAUAACGAUUGCUUGGAAAACAUGUCUGCCUCCUGAUUGCUCAAAUGAGAUUUCUUGUAUAUUUGCUUUUGUUUUCACUGUCACUGAUUUGAUAAAAUAAACUGGUACUUUCUUAAAAAAAUAAAUAAA